UGAAUUGAUUGAUUUUUACAGGGACGUUGUGAAAAAGUGUUCCGAGUCGAAGUUCGUCGCGUACGAAAAAGUUGUACCGAGCUGAUCUCAGAUUGUCAAUACAUUUCAUCCGUCGUCGUUCCAAAAGUUGAGUUUGUGGGAUCAGUGCUGCUGCUGCUGCUGCUCUUCGUUUCCGUGUGCAUGAUCAACGAUAAUGAUUUACCUGGAGGAUUACCUAGAAAGCAUCGAGCACCUACCAGAGGAGAUUUUGGGAAAGUUUAAUGAGAUGAAGGAGUUGGACAUGCAGGCACAGCUCACGAAAGAUGUUCAAAGGAAGAAGCUUAAGGAAUUUUUCCAUCGAGCGCACGCAUUGUCAGACGCUGAGAGGGAAAUCGAGUUUCGGAAAGUCAGAGCUGGUUACGAAGACGCGCUUCAAUGCGCAGCUGGGAAAACCCAAAUAGCUCAGAGUAUGUUCGAAACAGCCGAUCGAUAUGUUCGGAAGUUGGAUGCUGAAUUGCAUAAAUUGAAAAUGGAGCUUGAGGCAGAUAAUCCAGGAAUCACGGAAACGCUGGAACAGAGAGCAUUGGAAGAAGAGAACCGGGAGAACAAGUCCAAAAUUUUUGGGCGAGACGGUGAAAAGAGACACAUGAAUGAUACUAACUGUAUCGGUGACUCGGUUGGAAAUUCGGGCCAGAUCUAUGGUUUAGGUCAAAUGAUUGGACCCGGAGGAAAUGCGCUUGCUGCUGCUGCGUCACAAGCAAUUGCUGCAACGCAACAGAUGCAGCAGGGUCGUCGAAGUGCUUCGUUGAAAGCCUCGUAUGAAGCCAUUUCCGGACUUCAAGAAUUCGGCAUUGAACCCGCAUCAAACGCGGUUCCUACGACAGUACAGGAUUUGUCGAGUAGGAAGACGAAGCGGAAAUCGCAUGUGCCGUCACUGCCCAAGGAUGAACCCUCGUCACCGUCGGCGCCAUCGUCAGAAUUGUGCAGUUCUUUGUUGGGUGCCGAUGGCGUCAUCCCCGAUUGGGCCGUUGAUCCGAAUGAGCCGCGGUAUUGCAUAUGUAAUCAAGUGUCAUACGGACAAAUGGUUGCCUGCGACAAUGUGGAUUGUCCGUACGAGUGGUUCCACUACUCAUGCGUAGGUAUGACUGCUGCACCGAAGGGUAAGUGGUAUUGCCCGAGGUGUACAGUGUCCAUGAAGCGACGUGGAACGAAAAAAUCAAUGCCUGCUACAUAUAAAGAUAUUUUCAGCCCUAUCGGGAGGGCUUUGGAGCGUUACAACGAUCCGGAACUGGUUGUGAAGUUCCAACGCGCUUUUGGAGUCAAAUCCCUUCACAGCAGUGGUGAUAAAAAAGAAAGGAGUUGUGAUUUUGGGUGGAAGAUAGAGAACAAGUUUUGGUAUUACUUGUUUUGCUUGGGAGCAUUUCUCGGUGAUGAUCGUUUUUACAUAUCUUUCUACCCUUUUUGGAUUUGGAACAUUGAUGGAGCUGUGGGAAGGCAGUUGUGCAUCACUUGGUCGAUCGCCAUGUAUUUCGGGCAAGCCUUGAAAGAUAUUGUUUGUUGGCCGCGACCGGCGUGUCCGCCGGUAGCACGUCUUGAACAGAAAUACGCCUCCGAACAAGGCAUGCCUUCCACGCACGCUAUGAUUGGUUUCCUCAUUCCAGUGUCCGCUGUGAUUUUUACUGCUCGUCGAUAUGAGUAUCCUGUGGAAGUUGGAGUCGUGAUAGCAUUCUUCUACUGCUUGAUUGUUGUCGGAAGUCGACUGUAUCUUGGAAUGCAUUCUGUAUCGGACGUGAUCGUCGGUCUCCUAAUUGGCAUUGCAUCAACGCUGCUGUUGACUUCCUUCAUGGACAGUCUGGAUGCGUUUUUGGUGACGGAUCCGUGGAGUCCAUUUGCGAUUUUGGCGACUAGCGUGAUUUUGCUCUAUUUCUACCCGAAAUCCCCGACUUGGUCUCGAACACAUGGAGACACAGCAGUGACGACUGCUGCUGGAGCGGGCUACCCGCCCACCUUAUCCGGUUCUCUGGCCAACGAUGGAAAUGUGUGGACUGAGCGUACUUCGCUUGGUUAUCGGUCUUGUGUUACUGCUUUCGUCGAAAGCGAUUUGUCGGAAGUGAUGUCCGAAGUUGCGACGAAACAAGCUGUUGCUGUGUGGGAGUGGGAGAAUAAAUACGGGAGAUGGAGGCCUUAUACUCCGGAAGUUUGUCAACAAUUGGAUCGUUCCUUCACGAAGGGCCUGAAGAGCGUUUAUUUGGGUGACUCUGAUCCGUCGUUGUCCAAGUUUAUAGUCUACCUGCAACCGUGUUUCAAGCAGGAAUGUAUCAAUACGGGAGCAAGUUGGCGCGUGCGUAGAGAACUUUAUUGUCCCAACAGUCCCCCGGGAAAGGGGGUUUGUUGGAAAUGGAGCGGAGAUUCCCCAGGAACUUGGCAUACGUACGGUAUGGCCGUGCAGUGUUUUAUAGAAGAAGCUUACAUGAAGGGAGAGCAAACGCUUGAUGUGAGCCAAGUCUUUCCGACGACUCCAUACAUCAUCAACUUUUGCAACAUGACGCAAGUUCGGUGCAAUACGGGUCAUGUGAGAAGCACUGAGCGGAUCCAAAUUCAGUCAUAUCCAUUGGUUAAAGUUCCCGCUUCUGAACCUCUUGCCACAGACCACAUGACGGCUUCGUUGGCUGUCCAGCUUACGGGUGGUUCCGCCAUCAGUACACUUAGUGCGGAUGGUACGCUUGGUUCUCGUUCGAAGAAGAAAGGUCACAAGGACAAGGAGAAAACAAAGCGGAAAGGCUCCACUGCGCAUUCCUCCAACGCGGGUAUUUUGAUGUGUGGAGAAAAUGUGCAGCCGGCGACUCCGGAACGGAAUCACGGCGCGUUGGCGAGUGCCGCGAAAGCGAAAGAAUUCCUCAGGAAACUCACUUCCAUUUCUGGCAAAAACCCGCAUUCUUCGAAUAAAGACGAGCCCGAGAAGAAGAACAAGACCAAAACUCCUUUUGGCAAUAACACCCCAACGCAGACGUUUCCGAGAAUGGAUCAUUGUCGGGGUGCUUCCGUUCGUUCCCCGCGAACAUCGAGUGGCGGCGGCGUUCUCGAGAGACGCCCAAGUUUGGAUACGAUAUCCACGUACCUCAGUUUGGAUUCCAACUCUACUCGAGUGACUGGUGAAAGAGGCGCUGGUUCCGUUGGCUCUUAUUACUCUCAUUCGAUUGCGAGUCCUUCGCAUUUGUCUGCCUGUUCGGAUGACGUGUUCCUGGAUGCGAUGGAGGCUGCCAUGUGUGACAUUGGAAGUAGAGGGGCUUACCGACCCCCGGANUCACAUUGUCGCCUUGAACACAUGCAAACACCCGAUGCAUUGGAAUUGCUUACGAGCCAUGCAGAGAAGCAAUAA